AUGUCUGAAAUAAUAUUGAUAUUUAUUCAACCAUUUGAAUAUACUGUAAAAGUGACUAGUUCUCGUCGGUAUCAACUUGAUAUCGUCCCACCAAUUCCUCCGAGUCUCAUCGGAAUUCUCGUACCCCUUCCGUAUAUCAAACUUGAUUUUUCGUUCAUUUCAAAAAGAUGUCGGCUCAUUGUCAAGUCGACAAAUCUCGGGAAUUACGAUAUUGGGAUGAGCUUUCGACCCGAUCAAUACCUUAUAAGAAAGAGGAACAAGUACAUAAAUGCUGAAGUGAAACCGUACUUAGAUGAUAGGAAAGAGAUAUCUCUCAAAUUCGCGAAAGUUUGGGUAGAAUAUGUUUGUGAUCUUUUCCGAAUUGGACUUAACUUUCUUUUAUUGAAUUCAAGUGCAUCGAUCGAACACAUGUCUUCUGUGGCGGAAUGGAUGAACUCUAUUUGUUCUAAUGUUUGUUUAUGCGAUAUUUCUGGAGAUGACGUCAACAGUGAUAGUGUCACACGAUUUUUUGAGAAAGCCACUUUUUCCAUCAAUGUUUUGGUGUUUGAACUAAGGCAAGAAUAUGAGAUUAGUCCAAUUCACUGUGGCGUAUUGAAUAUCGAUCAAGUAGUUGUUAGCACUAUAACUACAAAAACUCCAUGCAGUUGGUUUACUGUAGACCAAGUAUUGACAUCCAACUGUAUCACAAUGAUGAUCGGAGCUUGCACAUUCGGCGAAAGAGAUUUGAACCGAAUCAUAAAAAGUUGGAUAAGUGGAAAUAAUCCCAGAAUGGAAUUUUUCCAUGCAGUUGUGUAUCCAUUGGAUUUUGAAUUAGUAUUGGAUGGAAUUGAAUUCGAGAAAAGAGACCUGACACUGAUACGUCGUCUCAAAAUUCCAUUUUUGACGAAACAAAUCGAAUACACGUUCUUUGGAGGAUUCGAUAUUCGGAGACAAGAUGGAACCGUUGCAACAAUACAGCAAAUGGGUCUAUUUGAGACUGAGAGGAUAGCUGUCACCAACCAAACGACAUUAUCAAUUGAAAUAGCUAACUAUCGAGAAACAAGUGACGGAUGGACGGACGGAAUUUGUCAAAAAUUGGAGACGGGCAACACUUAUUUCGUAACCAACAACACUGCCGGACAAGGGUUGCAUAUUCACGAGAACGCCUUUUCACUGACCAUAUUAUCGGAGGUCAUGCUUCCAACAUUUCCCCAUUUUUUCAUAUGGAUAUCAAUGAUCGAACCUCAGAACGAUUGUUCAAUCAGGACGCCACUCAUGAGUGUCAAAUGCCGUGUAUUCAUCUGCACAAUCAAGCUGUCGUCGGUCAAAUAUAACGCCAAACCAAAAAAUCCUAUUCACAAAUAUUAA